CUCGUCUUUUUUUUUUUGGUCGUUUUCUUUUGAUUUCUCAUGGGAUUACACCCGCAUUUCACUUUUCGAUGAUCAUUUUCAAGAUUUGUCGUGGGACUCUGUAAUCGUUGAUGGACCCAGUUUGUAUUCCGCGUCAAGGUUUGAACUUGAAGAGACCCUUUUGAGAUUUGCCCUCUUUUUUCGUCUUAGGUUUUCGUUCUUGUGGGUUUAUUGUUUCUUUAAAGAUCCUGGGUUCAAUCUUGGACCUAGGGUGGAGUCAGGUAUUGUUGUCUAGCAAAUGCUCAUGGUGCUGUGUGCUGUUUUUUUCUUUUUUUCAACAGGUAUCGUUUUUAUGCUCGUGUUCAUGGGUUCUGAAAGAAAAGCAGGUUCUUUCGAUGAUGUUGAGCGUCGAUGUACAGAUUCAGCACAGAAGUUAGAAUCUUUUAAUGUUAAGGACACCAAGAAGGGUGUGGGAGGGCAAGUUGCUUCAAUUUUGGAUGACAAGUUGUAUGCUCAAUGCCGAGUUACUUUGGAUGUUAAAGGCGAGACAAGAGAUGCAAUCCUCGAUCUCGAAUCUCCCCUUAUCGCAUUGGAGAAAGGAAUGGGUUGCCACACUCCUAAGGAUGAUGCAUUGGGCAACAGUGUCAUCGAUGGUCGCGACAAUGCUAAAAUGACUUAUCAAAAGCUAAAGCAUACAGAUGAAUGGCGAACCAACGUUCCUCGGCAGCUUAAUUUCGGCCCCUCAACCGAUUGUAGGGGAGGUGGAAUUCGUGGGAGGGAUCUCGCCAUGCUGUCAGAUGAGGAGAUGGUCGAAUUAAUUUACCAAUAUUUAUUAGACAUGAUUUUGCUCGAGAAGGCCGAGGAUCUUCUCUCUGAAAAGUCGAAGGUGAAGCUGGAUUUCGGCGAUUGCAGGACGCCUCCUUCUGUACCACGGUCAAAUGACACUGUAGAAAGUUGUCCCGGAGCUCCUGUAAAACGCAUGACUCAAUCGAGGAAUGUCGGUUCAGGUUUAUGCAGAAAGCUUCAGUUUUGAUACUUUUUACUGCUGUGCUGUUGUGUUGAGACCUAUACAGGUUCUUCUUUGUUUGGUAUGACGAUUAUAUGCUAAUUCAAGAUUGUAACAUAUACUCCUUCAUAUCAUGGUCAUGCAGAAGCGAUAUUUCCAGGGAAAUGUGUCCUUAACAUUCUGUUGUCAGAAGAGGACGAUGGAUCUGUCUGCUGUUUGGAUUGAGUUUGUGUUAAGUCAGGAUGUAUUGUUUUUCUUCAUUCGGGUUAGGGGAGUGUUUCUGUAACUGCAGCAUUUUGCAUCUAAGUCAUAUAAUUGCAAUUCUAAGCA